GGUACAUGCCUGUCUUAUCGGUUCAUGUUAUUAUUCGGCUCUUCCUCUAUUUCUUCCCAUCCGCCCAUGUUACUCCAACAGAAACUUCAGCGCGACGAAGCCAACAAGCGGUGCUCAGCGUUCAUGAUCAACAGAUAUCUCCUGAUCUUCUUUCAUCGUGCGGAGCUGUUUAUCGAGAUAUUAACUGCCCUUUACAUAUGUAGUUCCAAACCGCUUUGAAACGUCCGUCAGAUCAUGCAUAGUAUCGCCGGUUUAUUAUUGGGUGCCCUCUCUAUUCAAUUAGCUUUUUUUUUUUCAAUUUAUCAGUUGGCAACGCCAUCUUUUCUCGAAGGAGGACAAUGCACAUUGCACACUGCCUGCAUCCCCAUCCUAGGAAUAAUGGAAGCGGGCGAACUUGCGCUAACCUUACCAUCGAACCGCCCAUGCUGGCCACAAUUUCGCCAGGACGGCGGGAUUAAUCAAGUCAGAGUAUAUCGAUGGUUCCGUACGUGGUCCUCACGAAGUUUCAAGACCUAUCUCGAAGCUGUCCGUGCCCCGCCCUCGCCACUCUCGGAGCUUGCAUUAACUCGGUCCUUGUUAUGGGCGCCACCACGUUCCAGUUUCACUACGUCAGUACUUGAAUUCCCCACGUGCAGAAGGGCGGCCGUGCCGUUGAGUGAGUUCGUCCAUGUCGACUGCGGAACCGGCCAACAUAUACGUGUUCGGUCUGCCUGCACAUAAGUUGCGGGCCCGCACUGCCUACUGCGCAGCCACGCAAACACUAUUGCAAGUGGACGUCUGCUUUGCAGCGCCACACUAAGGUACAUAGCCCGCUCCCUUACUGUAACGGUGUAGCUCAAUUCAUGUUUGAU